CUGUUGUAUUAAUCUGCAAAUUUUCUCAGAUGACGCAAAGACUGUGACUUUGCCUCCCGUCCCCUCUCCCCGUUCAUCUCCACAUCCCGAUGCCUCGCUCUUGUUGGACGGGAGUCAGCAAGACACAUCAGGCAGGAUGACAAACAAGCCAACAGCCAACCAGUCCAACACAAAGAAGGAGAAAGAAGAAGAAGCAGCAGCGCCGCGAGAUGACAGCACAGAGCUGGCGUUUAAAGAUGCCGGCCACUGCAGCCGCAACACCCACACCCUGCUGCUGGGACUCACCGUUCUGGGCGUUGUCCUGGGAGUUUUGUUCGGGAUGCUCCUGCGAUACAUGGCGGUGACAGACAGCAAUGUCCUCACCAUGGUUUCCUUUCCUGGAGACAUCCUCAUGAGGAUGCUGAAGAUGCUCAUCCUGCCUCUAAUCAUCUCCAGCCUUAUUACAGGGCUCGCUGGUCUUGACGCCCGCUCCAGCGGCAGGAUGGGGAGCAGAGCCAUGGUGUACUACAUGUCGACCACGGUGAUCGCUGCCAUCCUGGGGGUCAUCCUGGUGCUGGGGAUUCACCCAGGGAACCCUAAGCUGAGGGGCGGCACCUCAACCUCAGUACCGAAGAACCAGGAGGUCAGCAGUCUGGACGCCUUCCUGGACCUGCUCAGAAACCUGUUCCCUGAGAACCUGGUGCAGGCCUGCAUCCAACAGGUUCAGACGGUGUUGAAAAAGGUGCCGGUUACUCUACCCAACCAAACCGAGCCCAUAUUAGUGAGCAAGAAAAAGCUGGAAUACAAAUGGGGCAUGAAUGUCCUCGGCUUGAUUGGCUUCUUCAUCACCUUUGUCUGCAUGGGCAGGAUGGGUGAGCGGGGAAGGGUCAUGUGCGACUUCUUCAACAUCCUCAAUGAAAUUAUCAUGACGAUGGUUUCCUUGAUUAUGUGGUACUCCCCUGUCGGCAUCGCCUCUCUGAUCGCGGGGAAGAUCGCAGCCAUUGGAGACCUGGAAGUGGUUGCCCGGCAGCUGGGCAUGUACAUGGUGACCGUCAUCGUGGGUCUGAUGAUCCACGGCGGCUUGAUCCUGCCCGCUAUCUUCUUUGGUAUCACCAGAAAAAGCCCCUUUACGUUCUACUCCGGGAUCUUCCAGGCUUGGAUCACAGCUCUGGGCACCGCCAGCAGCGCCGGGACGCUGCCAGUUACCUUCCGCUGUCUGGAAGAGAAUCUGAAGAUCGACAAGCGCGUGACUCGCUUCGUGCUGCCCAUAGGCGCCACCAUCAACAUGGACGGCACCGCCCUGUACGAGGCGGUGGCGGCCAUCUUCAUCGCCCAGAUGAACGACAUCUCCCUGGACGGUGGGCAGAUCAUCACCGUCAGCAUGACGGCCACCUUGGCCAGUGUCGGCGCCGCCAGCAUUCCCAGCGCCGGACUGGUGACCAUGCUGCUGAUCCUGACCGCCGUCGGCCUGCCCACCCAGGACAUCAGCCUGCUGAUCGCUGUGGACUGGCUACUUGACCGGAUGCGUACCUCCAUCAACGUGGUGGGCGACUCAUUCGGCGCUGGGAUCGUAGAUCACCUGUCCAAGGCGGAGCUUGCCGAAAUCGACGCUGCUGAAAUGCAGAUGAUCCAACCAGAAGAGCUGGACUUCAUCCCUCCACCGCCGGUCCUCACGGAGAUGGACCUGGUCGACUCCCGCAGACCCCCGGAGCUGCCGCCCCGCUCCCCUCGGCCCCCAAAGCAAAACCACCACGGCCACGUCCAAUCCCAGUCCCACUCCACCUAUUCCCCGUCCCGAUCCGUCCGGUCCCCGUCGCCGCGCUCCGUCCAGUCUCCCUCCCCGCGCUCCGUCUGCUCCCAUUCCCCUCGGCCUUUCCGCACUCACUCACCGCGCAUGCCCCGCAGGACGGAGCCGGGCUACUGCCCCCUGCCCAGCCACGACAACCAGAUUCCCACGCUGGCACGCACGUACAGAGAACGAGACCGGGAACGGGAAAGGGAACGGGAACGGGAACGGGAACGGGACCACCUCAGGCGAGAGAGUGAGACCGAGGAAGACGAGGAGAGAGAGAGGGUUCUGGGUGAAGUGAGUGAUGGCGAGGAGAGCGAUGACACUGCUUACGAUCGGAGGCACGUUAUCCCACCGUGCGACCUGCCGUGACUGCGUUUUACCAAUAAAAAAGCUUCACUUUAUUUGUUUUCCUUUUUAAAUGACAGAUUCUUCAGCUUUCACUGUUUAUAAUCCAGUGGAGGUUCAUGGUGGAUUUCCAUCUGGUCACACUGCUAAUUUGACUGAUCAGUAAGCUCACACGGAGCUCAAUUUGCAUAGAUAUUAAGUGUUGUGAUGACAAUAUCCUGCACUCCUGAGGCUUUUGCUCUGUGGUUUGAGCAGAGGCCGACUUAAGAGUCUUUUUUUCUUCCUCACCUCUCUUACUGUCUUGAUUUAUCUUCUUUUUUUUUUUUUUUACUUUAUCCGAACCUGAAAUCCUCUCAAAUGUCUGCACUUCCUCAAAUGUGACCAGUGCCAGGGAUUUGUUAGUCUCCUGCUGGUCACAAAAGCAUGUCUGCGGGUGCUUUCACAACCUUUGUUUGUUCUGGUAUGAAUAACUGGAGAGUUUGUAAACUUUAUUAUAAAAACUGUUUUUUCCCACAAUAGAAAAACCCGAGUGUACCAAAACCACAACUUCAAAUCACCUGAGUCCUCACGACCUAUUAGUCAGAUGUUUCUGCCAUGGGAGGAAAAAAUGUAAAUACAGAAAGAUUUUAAGCUGUGGAAUAUACCACCGACGUUGAGAGGGCAAAUCUCUACUUUCUGGUCUUUGUUUCUUGUACCUGCUAAAUACUUUAGCUUGAAAAGUAAAUGUGGCUGCAUCAGGAGAGGAUGGUUUUAAUGCACUCAGGUCACCGAAGGCGUCGUGGAAAAAUAGUAAAGGAUACAGAACUGUAAACUAUACGAUGGAGCUCUGCGUUUAUACGGAUAGAGCACAAAUCUCGGCUUAAUUCAAUACAACCAUCCAUGCAAUUCUAGUCUAGGUUUUGGUACACAUUCUCACCAGGAAGAACCACACCAUUUUUCCAUUUGAUUUAAAUCGAGACCACGUCUUUUUGGGGCUCUUUCUGCUACUAUUUCUGUCUAUUGUGCAUUGACUACGGUGGCCGACAAGGACCAAAUGCACUGCAACGGCCUAAUGCGUCUCAGUUAAGGAAAACGGCUUCAAGUACAGAAACGAUUCAAAUUCACAAACUCAAAACGAGGUACAAAAAGAGGAACGUGCUGCAAAAAACAAAGACAAAUGCAGCAUCAUCAAACGCGCUGCAAAUAGAGAAACGAUGCAAAGCACAAAACGAUAUAAAACAAGAAACCAUCUUCAAAAGACAUUUUUUCAUUUGCACCACGUUCCUCUUUUCGUACCUCGUUUUGAGUUUGUGAAUUUGAAUCGUUUCUGUACUUGAACCCGUUUUCCUUAACUGAGACGCAUUAGGCCGUUGCAGUGCGUUUGGCCCUCGUCGGCCACCGUAAUUGACACCAGGCAAACCGCAUGUAACCAAGCAGGAAAUCCAAACUUUUUAGUUGGAAUAAAGACAUUUGCACACUGAAGAUGAAGAAAAUACACAACAGAAAAUUGAUGUGCCCGUGUAUGUGAUGCAAAUUUGAGAAAAGAUGGCGUCAACAUCAAGCGAUGAGAAUCUCAUGCGGUUUUUAUUUAUUUUUUUUUUAAAUAGCAGGAAACAAAAUACCUAGUAUGUCUCAUUGUGAGGAAAACAAUAGUUCAGGAGCCACUGUCACUUCAAGACGUACUUCAAGAUGUUUGUUGGGCACUUUGAAGAGUUGUCGUGACGGUAAGCUUCAAACUUGAAGAAGCAGAGGAAUAAUACCAGAGCCAGUCGACCCAAAUCAGCCGCUAGCCAUGUGAAAGCAUCUGCAAUAUAUGUCAUCCUUUUUAAAGGAAUAUUCUGGCGUUAAAAGAACCCUAGACCUAUUAUUAGAUGGUAGGAAGCAUGAAUUCUCAUUAGGGAUCAAAACUAAGUGAAUCGAAGCAUUUUUCAGUGAGAAUAAAACACAAGUUUGCAGCAAAACGACAGUUAAUGAAGCGGUAACUUUCACCCUGGAAUUUUCCUUUAACACAGAAUCACGACUAUUUACUACUUUUCCUCGACUCGUUUCUCUACUUGUUUCUUUACUGGCCUCGUCCAGCACGGAGAAUUUAGCCAUUUACUGGACAAUUUGUGCUUGACGAAGCUUAAGUCAGUGCUAAUGACGCCUUCAUUGGUAGCUUAGCUGUUGAUCCCAGCCAAGAAACCAGCUCAGAUGUUUCUUUCUCCACAUGUAGGAAAGUCCAAGAGCUGAAGGCUCACCACAGGAAAUAAAACUAGAUGUUAGUCCUUGGUUAGAGUGGCAUGUCCUGGUUGCUAGCAAGCAACUCUGAGCAAGACAGUUAUUGCGCAUAUUUCUCACAAUCAGUACUGGAGUUGAGGGGGGAUGAGGGGGGAUGGCAUCCCCCCCUGAAAUAAAAACGGUCCAAAUCAUCCCCCCUGUAAAACUGCCAUCCCCCCUUUCCAUCCAUUAUGUCAUUUCAUCAAUGAAUGUGGUUUUACUGCUAUUUCAACAUUUAGAGUCAUCACCAGAAAAAUAACACCAGAAAAAUAACUUAUUUGACAAUUUUUACCCAUUUCAAGUACAUUUUCACUUGAAAUAAGUAGGAAAAUCUGCCAGUGGGACAAGAUUUAUCUUCUCAUUACAAGCAAAAAAAUCUUGUUCCACUUCCAAGUGAAAAUCUACUUGAAACAGGUGAAAAUUGUUUUUUCCAGUGAUGAGUCUUGUUUUAAGUGUAAUGAGAUUUUUUUUACUAAAAUGAGACAUUUUAACUAGAAAUAAGACAAAUAUUCUUGUUAAGAUUGUGAGUUUUUGCAGUGAUCCAUUUUACUUAUCCUGUGAAGGACAGAGUCAUAUUGAUAAGUUCAGAAAACUGUUUUUAUUGUUGUGUUUUGAUGUAUUUGAUGUAAGCCCAGUGGAUAUUUAAAGCUUACAGAAGGCUGCAUUUAACUGCUGCUAUGUCAUUCCUGCAGUAUUUCUGCAGGUGUUUUGGUCACUGCUAUUAUUUGUAAUAUAUUAUAUUAUUUGUAAUCAGCACAAAUUAUCUGUCCCCAUAUGAUAAAAUCCACCAUCCCCCCUUAUUUUUUUUUUUACAACUCGAGUACUGCUUACAAUGUUAAACUUCUCUUAAAAUGACCAAGUCCAACAAGUCACAAAUAUUAAUAGUGUAAGAAUCCCACAAGCAGCAGGUUUCUACCUUCCUGCUUUUCUUAUUUUCACCCUCGGUUCUCCUGAUUUCCCCCCGACAGCCGUCACCGGUGAUGUUAAUAUUGUCUAUACUGUCUAUGGUUUGUAUUUUCUUGUUGUGUUCUGGUGUGUAAAAUGAAUAUCAAGCAAAGAUGCUGUUUCAUGUUUAGAUUUAUUGUUUUAUUUAACUCUGGUCUGUCAUUUUAACAUUUUAAUUGGUGUAAAACAACUUUGUUGGUCUCCUCUGUCCCAUUGAACUGCCUUUGAUUUCAAACUGAACUUAAUUAACAGCCUCCCUGUAUACCGAUCGUUGAGUUUUGAUUCAGUUUCACAGGUCCAGCUUGUGUGUAAACUGUAUUUAAUAAAAAUCUUAUAGAUUUAAUGGAA